UGGUUGCACAGAGACUCUCUGGUUUACACAGGGAUUGUUUUGCUAGAUAUGUCAGCUUACAGAGGACACCUCUCUCCUUCGUAAAAAAAAUCUUCAAAAUGUCCUUUCCCAACAGCUCUCCUGCUGCCAACACGUUUUUGGUAGACUCUUUGAUUGGGGCGUGCAGAACAGAUUUCUACUCCAGCAGUAACAUGUACAUGCCAUCCACUGCAGAAAUGGGAACCUAUGGAAUGCAAACCUGUGGACUCCUGCCGUCUCUUGGCAAACGGGGGGAAGUAAACCACCAAAACAUGAGCGUGAACGUCCACUCGUACAUACCUCAAACUGAUAACUGGGCAGACCCGAGUAGGUCCUGUCGGUUAGAGCAACCGCUUAACCAGAUGCCCACCUGCACAUUUUCACAGAAUAUAAAAGAAGAGACAAACUGUUGUAUGUAUUCCGACAAGCGAGCAAAGGUCAGCUCGUCUGAGAUACCUGCGUACUCCAACCUGAUUCCCGAAUCGUGCUCUGUUGAUAGUCCCGAGAUUCCGGUACCCGGCUAUUUUAGACUAAGCCAAACUUAUGCGACGGCGAAAACCCAGGAUUAUGACAACGAGGCGAUGAGCCCAAGCGCUACGUUAAUGCUGCUUAACAGGGUGACUCCUAAAGCCCAGUCAACGCCCUUUGUCGAGGUGGACAAGAAGGUGCCGCACGAACGCGACACCAGCAGCUCGUCCCCGGUGCCGAGUCCACAGCCCAAAGCCAACGCGCAGGAGGACAAGAUCUGCUCCACUGAGGCGUCUGUCUCUAGCCCCGAACUACCACACAGAGAAGGAAAAGAGUCCAAAAGCGAAACACCGACAAGCAACUGGUUGACUGCGAAAAGUGGAAGAAAGAAACGAUGUCCAUACACAAAGCACCAGACCUUGGAAUUAGAAAAAGAGUUUUUAUUCAAUAUGUACCUGACUCGGGAGCGCCGUCUAGAGAUCAGCAAAAGCGUCAACCUUACUGACAGACAAGUGAAAAUCUGGUUCCAAAACCGCAGGAUGAAACUUAAGAAAAUGAGUAGAGAAAAUCGCAUUCGUGAACUUACCUCUAAUCUCACCUUUUCGUGAGCAUGCAACCACGAGCCAAAAUGCACCCAUCUUUACGGCCUAUUUAUGUUCUCAUAUAAUGAAAACGUGAGGACGACUAGCAUUGUUUUGGUUACUUUCACGUUCCGGUAUUGUAAUUGUUGCUACGUCCUUGUGAUUUGUUGCUACAUCCUUGAUAGGAUUUAAAAUGUGAAGCGUUGUGUAUUUUGAAUAUCUUUCACAGGGAACACAACAAAUUAUGUUUGGUCUUAAUUUAAGAAGAAGACGAAAGACACAGACUGUUCCGGUUACAUUUCCAGUGGGGACAGAACGACAAGUCAUGGCUUUGGACAUGAGAGCACAUUUAAAAGUGAAGAGUGUCCAUUUCUUCCACCAGUGAAAACCAUCAUCUAUCUGAAAUGAUUGCUUAUACAAUUCCUGUAAAAUGUAUGUUUUUAUGUCUAUAUCAGUGCAUGUUUGUGGCAUGUUGUCAGUGGACUAAUAAAUUAAAAAUGUAAUGUGUA